CACACAUCUAGCAUACUCACACAACCAGCCUUACACACAUCUUCGUAAUGCAACUUACAUAUGUAUAUCUAAACAUGAAUAUAUAGUGCUAUAUGUAUCGGAAUCAGUUCGAAAAAUCUUCAAAUGUGUGUGUGUUCGUGCUCAACUAGUUUUUAAAACUCAUUUGCAACGAACAAAAUUCUCAAGUUUUUCAAAAACGAAAACGCAUAACGGAAAGUUGUGAAAAUCAGUGAGGAUAUUUUGCGGCGCCGACGAGCCAAUAAACUUUCGGGCACACAAGCCACCCAUACGCGCUCCUAACUAGGCUAUAGAAAACACCGGAGAUCGGUCCACAGAUAGAAAGACUUUUGUGUUCCACUUCGGUAGAUCCAAUCCGCGUGCGCCUCAGGAAAGGAUCCCCCUGCAGUAUUAUCUCAAGAUCAACUGUAAACACUCUCCUUCCACCCUCUAUUUCUGUCUCCUUAUCAAGUUUUGUCGAAAAAGAGAAAUCACAGCAGCAGCCACAUCAUGGUCGAGGGUCAGACAGCCGUGCAACAGCAGCCCCAACAGCAGUCACCUGCUGGAGCUGCCAACACUGCCAGCAGCAGCAGCACCACCACCACAACCACCACAGGAGCAGGCGGAAGCACCGGCGGAGGAUCUACAGGAUCUACGGGAAAUGUGACGACCAACAGCCAGGCGCAGACAAACGGAGGUACAGCCUCAACGUCGCCUGCAGCAGCCGGAUCUGGUUCUGGUUCUGGAUCGACGACAACUGCAUCGAAUGCCACUGGCCAGGCAUCCAAUGCCAGCAAUUCAACAGCGAAUAACAACAACAACAACAACACCACUGCUAACAACAACAACAACAAUAAUAAUAACAACAACAACAACAAUGAACCAGAUCCAAAAACUAAUCUGAUUGUGAACUACUUGCCACAGACAAUGUCCCAGGAUGAGAUACGUUCGCUGUUCGUUAGCUUCGGAGAGGUUGAGAGCUGCAAAUUGAUACGCGACAAGGUGACAGGCCAAAGCCUGGGCUAUGGCUUCGUGAACUACGUGAAGCAGGAGGAUGCCGAAAAGGCCAUCAAUGCACUCAACGGUCUGCGGCUGCAGAACAAAACCAUCAAGGUAUCCAUUGCGCGGCCCAGCUCGGAGAGCAUCAAGGGCGCCAAUCUCUAUGUAUCGGGUCUUCCAAAGAAUAUGACACAGUCGGAUCUCGAAUCAUUGUUCAGUCCAUACGGCAAGAUCAUCACUUCGCGCAUACUUUGUGAUAAUAUCACCGGUCUCUCCAAGGGCGUUGGCUUUAUACGAUUCGAUCAGCGCUUUGAGGCCGAUCGGGCCAUCAAGGAGCUGAACGGCACCACUCCCAAGAACUCCACCGAACCGAUAACCGUCAAGUUUGCCAACAAUCCCAGCAGCAACAAGAACAGCAUGCAGCCACUGGCCGCGUACAUAGCGCCACAGCAGACCAGAGGCGGUCGGGCAUUCCCGGCAAAUGCCGCUGCUGGAGCUGCAGCGGCAGCAGCAGCCGCUGCCAUACAUCCCAACGCGGGCCGUUACAGCUCGGUUAUCUCUCGAUACUCGCCGCUGACCAGCGAUCUGAUCACCAAUGGUAUGAUUCAGGGCAACACCAUUGCCAGCUCUGGCUGGUGCAUUUUCGUCUACAAUCUGGCCCCAGAGACCGAGGAGAAUGUGCUGUGGCAGCUGUUUGGACCCUUCGGCGCUGUGCAGUCGGUCAAGGUGAUUCGCGAUCUGCAGAGCAACAAGUGCAAGGGCUUCGGGUUCGUCACGAUGACCAAUUACGAGGAGGCGGUGCUGGCCAUACAGUCGCUCAAUGGCUACACGCUGGGCAACCGGGUGCUCCAGGUCAGCUUCAAGACCAACAAGAACAAGCAAACGUAAUUACUAUCCAAGUUGGCUGCUGUUGUCAAUGCCAAUGCGGCGGCGGCGGCCUUGGCGGCCAAUGGUCUGGUGCUCCACAACCAUCGUCAGAACAAUCAGAACAACAUCAGUAGUAGCAUCAGCAAUUCGAACAAUCUACAUGGCAAAUAUGCUAACCACAACAACAACAGUACUAGCAGCAACAGACAGCACAACACCCACAACAGCAGCCACAACAGCAGCCACAACAGCAGCCACAACAGUAGCAGCAGCAACACGAGCAAGCAGCAGCCGCAUCAGAGGCUCCAAUCAACGACUCAAAGCAACAAGCAACAAUCAAUGCCGCCACCUAAGAGAUCAUCAGCAAACAACACUGCAGCGGUCGCAGCAGCAGCCAGAGCAACAAACAGCAGUAACAGUAACAGCAGUAGCAGCAGCAACAGCCACAGUCACGUAGUGUCCAAUGGCGAUGCUGGCACCAGCGCUGGCAAUAGCGCUGCCGCUUCUUCCUCCUCGGCUUCGUCAUCGAGCAACAUUUUGAAAACCUCCACAAAAUUCAUUUACAACAAGCCACAAAAUCAAUUCGAGCUGCUGCAGCAACAACUGCAGCUGCAGCAGGAAUUCGCCCAGUUCCUGACCAACGUGGCCAGCAGUGCAGUAGGUUCCGGAUCCAGCAGUGCAGCCAGCACAUCAGCAGGAGCAGGAGGCUCCAUGGGUGAAAGCCGUCGGAACGGAGGAGGAGGAGCCCUGGGCCUAGGCAUGGGCAUGGGCAUGGGACUGGGAAUGGCAGCCAACGGAUCGUCGUCAGGUGCUGGUUCUGGGAACAAGAACAUGCCCUCCUGGUCGAAUUGGUUCUUUUAAAGAUCCUCGUUACUACUCGUUAUCGUUUAGUUGCUCGAUUCAACCCUCAUGAACUAAUUGAUUGCUCAAUUGGUUAAGAACAUUUACCUUCAUUCAUUUACUUCAAAUUACUUUGUAAGCUGGCUAAGAGGCAACAUUUGGGGACUAUUAUUUGAUUUAAAGCCCUCCUUCGCUCAAGCCAAAGCGAUUCUUUUUUUCAUUUUGUUAGCUUAAAACCAAAGCAUCAGCUAAAAAACAAAUCCUAGUUUAAGUUGAUUACUUUUCGAUGAAUUAUGAAUUCGCUUUUCGUUUUGUAUCCAAUCCUUCACACAUAUAUUGUUUAACUUUAAUCGGGGGGCAGACCAAUCGGGCCCGUGAUUAAAUAAGUACUACAAAAUAAGUACAACUUUACCAUUAUAUUUGAUUCGUUAAUGCACUUUUAAAGAAACAUCUAUCUAGUCGCCACCAGCGGACAGAAUGGCUUCCAGAUCGGAAUAAACUGAGAAACUGAGAAAGGAAAAAAAGGACAGUAGUAAAGCUGUAGUUAAGUUUUUGUUUGGGAUGUACUCCACUCAACUUUACUCUACUCUACUCUACACAUAUUUUUAAACAGAGCAGAGUAUAGUAAGAGGAACAUUUUGAUGGCAAUGAAGCCCACAAUCCACCAAAGAAUGAGAAACAAACAUGACAAAUAUUUAAGCUAUAAAUAAAUGUAUAAAUGAGAUACGAAAACAGAACUGAAUGCGUAAACAGAUACAUGUAGAGGCGUUUGGUUUGGCAUAUAGUCAGGCCAGGCCGUUUUGCUAAUAGACAAUGCAGAGAAUGCGACGGAAUGCUAGAUAAAAGAUGCAAGAUACUUACAAUGAGAACACGAGAAGCAACCAAACAAGACAUGCAUAUGUUUAUGUUUUAUAUUAAAUGUAUAACUUUUUCUAAAAUAAACGAUGUAUGCAUAAUAUACCUAUAUAUAGUCGAACCCUUUAUUCUAUCCCACCCCCAUCCCACAACAACAUUUGUUCGAACCCCUCAAACUAAUCUCCUUCUCGUCAUAAAGUCAUACUGCCCCAUCCCUGCCCUGACUCUCUGGUGUCAGCACAGAACGCAUCUGAACACACAUAAAAUGGCAGCAAGAGCUAAUGAGAAUUUUUCGAAUACAACGAAUAAAUGUUUAAGAAAAAUCGAAAACAGCAAAAGGGCAAGCGGAUAACGGAUAGCAUACAUAAUACGAUACAAGCAAAGUGAGAUCAUAAUAGUAAUAAUCUAAUCAACGAUUGUAAAGCUAAAACAAAGCCAGCUACAAAAUCGCAUGACGCCAUUCCAAAAAGAAGCUAAAAAUGUAACUUUAGAGAAAGAUCAGAACAGUCCCUCCCUAGACAAACAAGCAUAGAAGAAAUGAAAUGGAAAUGGAAAUCAAUAUGAAAAUGAAAUAAAUAAAUUAAAACCAGAACGAGAGAGUACGUAACGUAACUUAUGUAGAUUGAAAAAACGCGUUUCAGCAUAACGAAUUUGUUUUAACCCAACUCAACAGCAAUAUCGAAAGCUAAUAAAAAACAGACAAAGAAAAACGAUGAACGUUAAAAGAUAAAAGAAAUUAAUGAACAAGUUAAACAAAUUGCCAAACUAAAUAUAAUAAAUUUUUAAAUACGAAACUGGGAAAGCUGGGAUGACAGAGCGAUAGCUGGGAUGUUUCCGAGAGUCGAGAUAGAGAUAGGGAAAGUGUGUAUGGAAGGAAGGAAGGUCGAUAAAACGAAAUCAUGGUGCUUGACAGAUUUCCCUGCAAUAUGUACUACAAAUGCAAAUGUGUCCCUAAAGAAUUAGAAAACCGAUUACCAAAAUUUCAAUUUAGUUGUAGAAAAAUCACAAAAAUACGGGCAAUUCAAUUGAGAAGAAAAUAACCAAAUGGCUUGGGAAAGGUAGGAGAUCAUUUACUAUCUAUUGUUAUUUAUUAUUUGAAUCGUAUGAUUAUGAUUAUAAUUUGAAUCCCUCGAUUCCAUUGCCUGGUAAAUAAGGUCCCCCGAAACGUAAAAUUUGCAAUGUUAAGAGACAUUAAACUAUGCUAUAGCACUAUAUGAAAAAUCUAAAACUAUUUAUGAAACAAUUAUUAUAUAUGUAUGAUUAACAAUAUAUUGAUGUUGUGUAUUGCAAAUUUUAAAUGUUUAUACAUCUACAUACAUACCAAGGAAAUUAUUACGAAUACUAAAUCAUGGCAUGCAUAGAGACAAAAAGGAAAGCAUAGAAAAGAGGCGGGAAACCAUUUUCAUGUAUACGUCAGUAAAUUAAUUGCAUACUAUUAAAACUUAUUACCAGAAAUGAUAUAUAUAUACAUAUAGUACGAGUAUAUACUAUUAUAUACAUCCAUAUAUACAUAGUUACGAUUACGGCUACGAAUAUAUUAGGUAUGUGCGUGUGUAGUGCGUAGCAGCAAAGCAGCAAAAUGCCAAGCCUCCAGAUUUGUAGAGCUCUCAAUGGCUAUAGUAUCCACUACUUCUCCACUUUACUCUCCUUCCCACAUCAAGAAACCAAUUAAAAACUAAAUUAUAAGAAUAUUCUCCUACACAAAGAUAAACACCCAUACACACACAAAAACACACACGGACACACACUCAAAACUCAUAAUCAUGCGCAAAUGCUUGACUGACAAAAAUUAAAUAGAAUUCUUGCUUUUUAAGCGGUAAUAAGAAAGAAAGAAUGAAUACCUUCCAGCAAAAAUUUCUAGGCAAGUUCGAGGAAACUCAAACUGAACCAAAGAAAUCAAACACUACAAGAGAAAAACACCAAAUGAAAAGUUUUUAUACAAAAUGUAGAAAUCGAGGCACCGUUUUUUGUGCAUUUUGAUUGGAAUGGGAUUCCAUGGCGCACUGCGGUGCGGACUGUAGGGAUCCCAUUCCACAUUGGCGGACAGGAUCUGUGUAACUGGAGAUCUCUGUGUGCGUAAUGCAAUUAAGAAUAAAAGAAUAUUGUAAAAGUAAACCCGAACAACAACAAAAGCAAUCGAUUAUAUACAUUUUUUAAGAGGAAAUGUUUUAUAGUAAGGGAGAAGCAGAAGACAGAAGAUAGAAGAGGAGGAGGAAGCCCGAACAAAACCAAGAAAGUAUUUUAAAAAUUUAAAUAUAUACAUGAGUACUAUAUAUACAAUAUAUUAUAUUAUAUAUACAUAUUAUAUACUUAAUGGGUAUGGUAACGAACAAAAACACCGCACAAUAAUAUACAAAACAAAGCAAAACGGAGAUGAACGAACGGGAUAUUAAAGGGAACGUCAUGAGAAACAUACGUAAAGAACAAAGUCCGCUGAGGAUCACUGAUAACAGAACGUUUAACUAAAUGCAGAAAAGACUAAGGAAUCGAGAAAAUACUAAACCAAACCAAACAAAACAAAAAACCGAAAACAAAAAAAAAAAUACAAAGAACAAAACCACAAAUGACAAAUGGAACGAGCAAAUUUAUAAUUUUUACAUAAAAACGCAAUAAUGUUAACAUUUAAAGAAGAAAAAUAGGAAAACAAAGCGCAUAUCUUGAGAAACGAAGAACGAGAAGCAGAGUCUCGCCAAAGAGAACGAAAUCGAAAUCGAAAAACAAAAAACAAAAAUACGAAAAGUUACCACAAAUUUUAACUAACAAACAAGUGAGAAAGGCUUAUAAACGGUACACUUUUAUACUUUUACACCAAAACCAAACCAAACGAAACCAAAAACCAAAGAUGUACGAGUAUGUAAAGAUAAUACACGAUUGAUUAAUUGAUUGAUUGAUUGAUUGAUUGAUUGAUUAAUUGAUUAAUCUGUUUGUCGUUUCUAGAGGCACAUUCGCGUUUUGGAGCCAAUAAGGUUGUGCAAAUGCCUGCAGGCUUCUAGCCGGAAGCGGAAGUUGGAGCGGAAGCGGAGGCCUGCAGCGCUCUCUCUAUCUCUCUUUAAAUGUCUGUUUCUCUCACACAGCACACAAACAAACACACACAUACUCUUUUCUCUACUAUUGUAAUCUCACUUAAAUAAAUGUUGGAUAGCAAAAAGCCCCCCAUAUGGAACUUACUUACAGAUACGAUCUAUUCGAGAAAUGUGCUAUGAAUCGAUGGCAAUUAGCUACAAUAAUUGGACGGCUUGUGGGCUUGUCGAGCCUUUUCGAGUGUCGAUCCCUACAAGAACGGUUGAAUGGACAGGGAGAGUGCUAGAUAAAUUAUAAGACUGUGUUUAAAACUGGAAUAGGAAGAGCAACAGAACUUGUAUGGAUAUCCUGUCCUUCCAUCCUGCUAAAAUAUAAUUCAAUUAUUUUUUAGUUUUCGAUUGCGUAUUAUUUCCUCUUUCGCUCCAGAAUUCUCUCAAAAGUCCAGAUCAGUUCUUGGUUUCUGCUCCAACAUCCUCCCUCAAGAUCCGACUAUCGAACAGAUUAGAAGAAAAACCACACACACACAAACCAAACCAAACCAUUGCUAAGGUAAAGGUGGCAAGAAGCUCUCUCUAUAUGUUUAAAUGUUGAAGAAAUACAAAAUAAAACUAAAAGUAUAUUAUAAAUUAAUUGAAAACCAAAUCUUAGUCGAAAAGAACUUAGUCAAAGGUACUAAUUUUAAGCACUAUUGUUAAACGCAAGUCGAAGGCAAGGGCAAGGCAUUAGGCGGUGCGGCACUAAGCUGCCUUUAAGAAGAUGAAGAGAAAUCACUUUAGCCAAAACGGAAAACGGAGAAGAAAGAAAAUAAGUAUGGAAUAUGGAAAAUCUAAACUCAACUCAGACCCUUAGUGGCAUUCGCUCUUUCAAGCUCAACAUAAGUUUAAAUAACAUAUUGAAUUUCACAUAAGAGAUUAUAAUGAUUCCAUCUAAUUUAUAUUUGUCUAUGGGUUAGCUUAUACAAUAUAUGAUGUGUAUGUAUGUAUUAUGCCACAUAUUACUUACUAUAUACAUAUGUACGACAACUAUGCAAGUUUCUUUCUCGUCGUUAUAAACAUAGUCAAAAUAUUGGUGGACCGUAUCGUAUUGUAGUAGCAAAUAUGUAUUUAUCUUUAAUCAUCACUGACAAAACCGAAACGAAAUGAAACAAUUAUUCCAAUUUAAUUAACGUGCAUGAAUUAUAUAUUGAAUUAUUGUCGAGUCGAGUUCUUUCAUAUGGACACAAGACCUUAAGCGAUUUUCUUCGAAUUUUCAUUAUUAAUUAAACUUAAAGACGAAACCAAGAAACCAAAAACCAAAAACCAAAAAAAUCACAAUAUUGUGUGCGAUAAAAUCAAGCAAAUUUAUAUAGCAUAUUUAUGGUAUACUCUGUGCAAGAUUUAUUAAGAAUCAAUUAACUUCAUUAUGGAUUACUCUGAGAAUUUACAAACAACAACAACAAACAAACACAAGCGACACACGAUGAAUGAAACCAACAAUUUAUUCCAAUAAAGCUAUGAAAUGAUGUGUUUAAA